AUGGCCGGCGACUUCAAGCUGUCGGCCACGUUGCGCGGUCACGAAGAAGAUGUAAGCAUGUGAUCAUAUGUUCGAGCUUUACCAUAUCUCUCGUGCUGCUGAAUCUCCUACGUCGCAAUCUCUAUCGCCUUUCCUGUAGUAGCUAACGGAACGGUUCAAGGUUCGAGCAGUCGUCUUCCCCAACAGCCAAGUCUUGUUCUCCGCCUCACGAGACAACUCUGUAAGACAGUGGAACCUCAUCUCCUCCAAGCCGCCCACCUACGACGAUACUAUUGCCCUUCAAGGCGGACACUGGUUCAAUGCGUUGGCAUACGGCGCACCUUCAAAAGAGCACCCAAACGGAGUCAUUGCUGCGGGGGGUAAGGAAACGUUUGUCUUCGUCAAGCAAGUAGGACAGCCGCCCGAUACAGAUCCAUACAGACUGCUCAUCGGUCAUGCCAACAACAUUACGUGCUUGGCGUUCAGCCCAGAUGGCAAGAAGGUCAUAAGUGGAAGUUGGGAUCAGCAAGUCUUUGUUUGGGAUGUAGACUCGGGCAGCGUCACAGCGGAGCUCACCGGCCAUGGCGCCAACGUUUGGGGGAUCUUGGUCUACGAUGAGAAGCUGGUAUUGACCGCAUGCGCCGACAAGAUCAUUCGCGUGUUUGAUAUCAACGGCAAGGCGCUUGGCGCAUUGAAGGGCCAUACCGAUGUCGUGCGAUGCUUUUGCAAGUUACCAGCCGGACAUUGGUCCGGCGCAGCUGUUGCCUCAGCGGGAAACGACGAGGUGAUCCGCCUCUGGACACUCGAAGGCCAGCAAAUGGGAGAGCUACACGGCCACACCGCCUACAUUUACAGCUUGGCAAUUAUACCGAACGGCGACAUCGUCAGCUCCUCAGAAGAUCGGACUGUGCGAGUGUGGAGAGAUGGGAAAUGCAUACAAACAAUCACACACCCAGCUAUUAGCAUUUGGACGGUGGCCGCCUGCCCAGAAACAGGCGACAUUGUCAGCGGAUCGAGUGAUAACAUCAUUCGCAUCUUCUCAAGAGAUCCAGAUCGACAAGCCGAUGCAGAGGUGAGUCUGAUAGCGAUGCAGGAAUAAGAUGCGGGCUGACAUGAUGACAGACAAUACAAAACUUCGAGGAGAGCAAUCGCAUGUACGCUAUUCCCGCUGAGACGGCCAGCCAAGGAGAGCCAUUUCAAAAGGAGAAUCUGCCAGGACCUGGUACGUACCGUCUUUGAACUUUCAUUGCAAUGUGCUUUGCUCCGGCGUAAGCUGCGGCCGCCCAUUCAGGAAGCUGCAGCGGCCACCAAUGUCUUGUCCGAGGGGAUUACACGUGGCCUCCUAACGGCUAACCGAUGGUUUAUUAGACGCACUGCAGUCGCGAAUCGGCGAGAGAGAUGGCGAGCAGCUCUUCAUCCGUGAAAAUGAUGGCAGCGUGACAGCCCACCUGUGGUCCUCGUCGACAAGCCAGUGGAACCUGGUAUGUUAAGCCCAUCGUCUUGGCAUUCAUGUGACUGACGAUCGACUCAGAUCGGCACGGUAGUUUCUGGCGAAGGCAGCGGAUCGGCAAAGAAGACCCAUGAUGGCAAGGAAUACGACUACGUGUUCGACAUCGACAUCGAGGACGGGAAGCCUCCUCUCAAACUUCCGUAUAACCUUUCCGAGAGCGCGUGGGACGCUGCCCGCAAAUUUCUUGAGAGGAACGAACUCCCCAUGUCGUACUAUGAGCAAGUGGCAAACUGGAUCACGGAGAACACGAGAGGCGCCAGUCUCGGACAAUCGAGGCAACCACCACAACAAGCUAGAGAUCCGUGGGGCUCCGACAACAGAUAUCGGCCAGGAGAUGCCGGGUCCGCUUCGGUGUCAGGCCACCGCAAGCUGCCGCAGAUAGGCUAUCUAGACAUUAUCGAGGGCAAUCCCGCUAACGCCAUCAACAUCAUCUCGCAGAGGACGGAGGGCCUGAGCAAGUCAGGGGAAAUUACAGCGGAGCAAUCGCUGCAGCCGGACGAGGUUGCAGAACUCGGAGCUCUCUCCACACAGCUGCAGAACAAGCUGGACCCACAUCCAACAGCACCUCAGAUAUCUGCUGUGCUCAAGGUUGCGACACAAUGGCCAAGCAAGAGCAGAGUGCCUGCCGUAGGCGUCCUCGCGCUGCUUGCCGUGUCGCCUUCCUUCGUCGGUAUCACGAGCGCUGGAGAUACAACUAUUGUGGACACGAUUGGGGACGCCGGCUUGUUUGAUCCUCGUCAGGAGACCGCCAAUAAUGUGGUGCACGGCAUCCGACUCCUGGUGAAUCUGUUCAAGAGCGAAGAAGGUCGUCUGAUUGCCGACGGUUGCUUUGAGAAGGUCUUGCAGCUCGUCCGACCUUUCAACUCGGAACCUGAAUCUCCUGCGCAAGCCAAGGCUCUGGCGACACUCUACCUCAACUAUUCCGUGCUACUGACGAGCAAUGCACCCUCUACUGAGGCUCGCAUGAGGGAAGGCCGUGCCAAAGCCCUUCUAACGGAUAUUGCUAUGCUGCUAGAAUGCGAAAGCCCCCACGCUUCCGACAGCGACUCGCUGUACCGGACGCUCGCGGCUCUGGGUACACUCCUGUCACUGGGCGAUGACUUCCGCAACUCUCUCAAGGGAGGCAUCAGCGGCACGCUUCAUUUCGUCUCCGCGAAGUCAAGCGCUCAACUCCCGGACAACAAGGAGCUCAUUCAAGAGAUUCGUGAUGAGUUACGAUGA